CAGGGCCGCGAGCUCUGGGCGGGAUUCUCAAAGGGCCGAGUCUGCAGAGUGACCCUACAGCGGUCCCUUUAUCUCUCCGGGUCUGUUUCCCGCUUCUGGGAAAGUGGGCGCCGAGAGAUUGUGCCCCCCGCAACGCAGCCCCUUGUCGCACACACCCCUGGUACCCGCGACCUCUAAUUUGCCUUUACAGCUGGGUCGAGGAGCCUGUUCUUCGUGGUGGGAAGGCCACCCAGACCACCGGUACCCGCAUAGCACACCAAGCCGUUUCAGAUGUCAGUGGCCACAAGCAGGGUGACCCCCUCAGCCCCCGAGUCCCGGGAUCAGUCAAGCCUGUCCGCGCCCGGGCACCCCAGAGCAGAGCACAAACCCCUAUCCUGCUCUCUCUCCACCAACUGUUGACAUGUGCAUGGAGCCAACCCCCAAGUCCAGAUGACGCUCAUGCCAAUGGCUACAGUGAUGGCGGUGACUGAACCGAAAUGGGUCCCAGUUUGGGGCCGUUUCCUAUGGGUGACAUUGCUGAGCAUGGCACUGGGGUCACUGCUAGCCCUGCUGCUGCCACUGGGGACCAUGGAAGAACAGUGCUUAGCUGUGCUUAAAGGCUUCUACCUGCUCAGGAGCAAACUGGACAGGGCACAGCAUGCUGUCACCAAGUGCACCAGCCCAUCCACAGAGCUCAGUGUCACCUCCCAGGACGCAGAGCUGCUGGUGGUCAAGACCAAGGCGUCUCCAGCAGCUAAGCUGGAGGCCAGAGCGGCCCUGAACCAGGCCCUGGAGAUGAAGCGCCAAGGCAAGCGGGGCAAGGCGCACAAGCUCUUCCUGCACGCCCUCAAGAUGGACCCGGACUUCGCGGAUGCGCUCACCGAGUUCGGCAUCUUCUCGGAAGAAGACAAGGACAUCAUCCGCGCCGACUACCUGUUCACCAGGGCGCUGACCAUCUCGCCCUUCCACGAGAAGGCGCUCGUCUACCGGGACCGGACGCUGCCGCUGGUGGAGGAGAUUGACCAGCGCUACUUCAGCAUCAUCGACAGCAAGGUCAAGAAGGUCAUGUCCAUCCCCAAGGGCAACUCGGCGCUGCGCAGGGUCAUGGAGGAGACCUACUACCACCACAUCUACCACACGGUGGCCAUCGAGGGCAACACCCUGACGCUCUCAGAGAUCCGGCACAUCCUGGAGACCCGCUACGCCGUGCCGGGCAAGAGCCUGGAGGAGCAGAACGAGGUCAUCGGCAUGCACGCCGCCAUGAAGUACAUCAACGCCACCCUGUUGUCCCGCAUCGGCUCCGUCACCACCAGCGAUGUGCUGGAGAUCCACAGGCGGGUGCUGGGCUAUGUGGACCCCGUGGAGGCUGGCAGGUUCCGGACGACCCAGGUCCUGGUGGGACACCACAUCCCCCCGCAUCCCCAGGACGUGGAGAAGCAGAUGCACGAGUUCAUCCAGUGGCUCAACUCGGAGGACGCCAUGCACCUGCACCCCGUGGAGUUCGCCGCCCUGGCCCACUACAAACUCGUCUACAUCCACCCCUUCAUCGACGGCAACGGGAGGACGUCGCGCCUGCUCAUGAACCUCAUCCUCAUGCAGGCCGGCUACCCGCCCGUCACCAUCCGCAAGGAGCAGCGGGCCGAGUACUACCACGUGCUAGAGGCCGCCAACGAGGGCGACGUGAGGCCCUUCAUCCGCUUCAUCGCCAAGUGCACCGAGACCACCCUGGACACCCUGCUCUUGGCCACCACCGAGUACUCGGUGGCGCUGCCGGAAGCCAACCCCAACCAUUCUGGGUUCAAGGAGACCCUUCCCGUGAAGCCCUAGCCCCGGUGACAAGGCAAGGUAGGGAAGGGAUCAAAGAGACAGCAUUUCUAGAAACCUCGCAUCUCCAAAAGCAGAACAGACCUUUGAAGUCUUUACCUCUUUUUUUUUUUCCUGGUUAAAAAAAAAAAAAAAACUAAAUUAUUAAGCCUUAGUCUCUUUAAGAUAAUUUAUAAUUCAACAGUUAUUUAUUUUCUUCUUUUGAGCAAGCCAGUCGUGGGUGGUGUCCACUGUGGCUCUGCUGGUGGCUGCUCUGAUCAGUGGUCCCCCCACCGCAGGAGCACUGAUGCUCCUGUGUGACCAGAACCCGGGUUCUGGAGCAGAAUUUGCACUAAGGCCAGGGAGAGAGGCCAAGCCUUUCUCUGAAACUGGCUGUGAGCAGUGUGUGGCUCAAAGGGGAGUCAGCAGUCCCAGGGAGAAGCCAUCCCAGUUCUUGGGAGAGAGAGCAUCUUCUUGGGGUUUGGUUCCCCUCCCAAGAGACGAGCGUAGUGGCUUUCCCCAGGAGCGCCACCGUUUGAGGUAGGAAAUGAAUGUGACAUUUCUAGUGGGACUCCUUGCUCGUCUCUGGGAAGGCUCUUUGAGCACUUGAGUGCUGGAAGCUGUUUUUCAUAAGGAGACUAUUUUUCUAAUUCAGGAGGGGAGGGCGGCCAGCCUGGCUUCUUAGUGCAUCAGCUUCUCCUUGCACUCCACUCACAGCAGCGGGGCCCAGAGCUUUCUCUGGGGCUCAGCGUCCUUGGGUCAGCGACCCCCUGCACCCAGCUGCCCAGGAGGCCAGCCCUCCCUCCCCCUGCAAGCUCCCUGUUGAUCUUAGGGCAUAUCCAAGAAAGAUGCCCCAUCAGCCCGUUAAGCAUUUCUGAUACUGAGCUAGAGCCCUGCCACAGCCAGGAGGGUCCCUGUGGGGUGGUUUUGCCCCUCACAGACCUGGCCUCACCUCACAUAGCCCCUCUGCUGUCCAGCCUCCCAUCGAGGAAGCGGGAGAGGUUGCCUCCGAGUGGCUGUAUUUUUCUAGCAACCUGCAAAAUGACACAGUGUCAUAAAUAAUAUGGCCAGGUUUCCAACCUGUCAUCUCACAGAAAUAGAAUCUUCUCUUCCAAUCACAGGUGGCACAAGUUCCAAUUGGACUGCUGCUAGUUAGUGUCAGAAUGGCCAAAACUCACUAGCGUACUUGCCCAGGGACAGAGCCUGCAAUGUGACACUGCACUGCACUUUGUCAUGGUCGAGAAUCACAACGUGCUGUUCUACCUUUGCUUUUAAGAUUGAGUUCCUGACAGCCAUGCGGUCACUGCUCAGACAGCAGCAAAUGUCUGUAGUCAUUCACAAUGGCACAGAGUGGUUUUCUGGAAGGUUCAGAAAAAUAAGUGCAAAGGCGUAUGCAGUGGUCCUUCUGCCCGUGCAUCCAGGUGGUAUCUUCUGCUGUCUUGGUUUGUAACUGGUGACAAGGAAGCGUGGCAGGAGUGUGUGCUUUGUCCUUUAGAAUUUGCACUUUAGCUACAUGUGAAGAAUGUUAUUUUAACAAAUUACUGAUUCUAAUAAAGUAUUUUAUUACAUAAA